AUGGCCACUCUUCCUCUCAUGAAUGUUGUAGUUAUUUCCAAGCUAAUAAUAAUCUUCUUCUCUCCAAUUUCCUUAGCAAUUGACACCAUUACCCAGUCUCAGCCACUUCACGAUGAUGGCAGCACCUUGAUUUCAAACCAUGGAACCUUUGAGUUGGGGUUCUUUAGUCCCGGUAGAUCCACCAACCGUUACAUAGGAAUUUGGUACAAAACCAUCCCAGUUAAAACUGUUGUUUGGGUUGCCAACCGUGACAACGCAAUAAAAAACAACAAUUUUAGCAUGUUAACCAUAAGCAAAGAGGGAAACCUCGUACUUGUCAAUAACAACCACCAAACUCUUUGGUUAUCAAACAUCACAACAACACAACCUUUGAAGAGUCCUUUGGUUCAACUCUUGGACACUGGAAACUUGGUACUUAAAGAGAACAAGAAAGAAGAAAGUUUCUUGUGGCAAAGCUUUGACCAUCCUUGUGACACACUCUUGCCAGGGAUGAAGCUUGGAUGGGACCUAAAAACUGGUCUUAAUAGGAAACUAACUGCUUGGAAGAGUUGGGAUGACCCAUCUUCAGGAAACUUAUCAUGGGGUGUGCUCCUUAGUAGCAACCCUGAAUUGGUACUUUGGAAUGGUUCAAUUGAGUACCAUAGAAGUGGGCCUUGGAAUGGGCCUGGGUUCAGUGGACAGCCCGUAUUGAGGAUGGCUCGAAUUGUUGACCCCAAUUUUGUCAACAAUUCAAAUGAGGUUUAUUACUCUUACACCCUUGCCAACAAGUCCAUGAUUUCAAUAACUUACUUGAACCAAACACUUUCUCAUCGUCAACGCAUGAAUUGGAUUCCUGAGAACAACACUUGGAGGGUUUUUGAGUCUAUUCCAAGAGAUGAUUGUGAUCUUUAUAACACUUGUGGCCCUAAUGGAAAUUGCAAGGAUAAUGAGACACCAAUUUGCCAAUGUUUAGAAGGGUUCAAGCCAAAAUCGCCCCAGAAUUGGGACAUGUUUGAUUGGACACAGGGAUGUGUGCGUAGUGAACCUUGGAGGUGUGGUGUGAGAAACCAAGAUGGUUUUCAAAGAUUCUAUUCAAUUAAAGGACCAGAUACUAGAAAUUCUUGGACCAAUGGUAAUAUGACACUUGAGGAUUGCAAGGUCAAGUGUUUGGAAAAUUGCUCAUGCAUGGCUUAUUCUAACUUAGACAUAACAGGUGGUGGUAGUGGUUGUUCCAUUUGGUUUGGAGAUCUUAACGAUUUGAAAUUGAUUACAGCAAGCCAACAGGAUCUCUAUAUUCGCAAGGCUGUUCCAGAUAUAGCUUCAAAUGGAGAUGCAAAAGAUGGGGAUAAGAAAAAGAAGGAUUUAAUAAUUACGAUCACACUGGUAUCAGCUCUGGUUUUGCUACUUCUUGUAUACUAUAUUUACAGAGCCAGAAGAAAGAUCAGAGGAAUGAAAGAUGAAAUAAAGAACAUCAUAUCAAUUGAAAAGGUAGAUAAAGAUGAAGAACACAAUUUGGAGCUUCCUUUCUUUGAUUUUGCUACAAUAUUCAAUGCCACCAAUGGUUUUUCAGACGAUAACAAGCUUGGACAAGGUGGUUUUGGGCCAGUAUAUAAGGGUACAUUAUUAGAUGGACAAGAAAUUGCUGUCAAAAGGCUCUCAAAGAGUUCUAGACAAGGAGUAAAAGAAUUUAAGAAUGAAGUCAUAUUGUGUGCUCAACUUCAACACCGAAAUCUUGUUAAGGUCCUUGGUUGUUGCAUUGAAGGAGAGGAAAAAAUGUUACUUUAUGAAUACAUGCCCAACAAAAGCUUGGAUUCAUUUCUUUUCGAUUCAACUCAAAGCAAACUACUAGAUUGGUCGAAGCGCUUUCACAUUAUGUGUGCAAUUGCUCGUGGACUUCUUUAUCUACAUCAAGAUUCAAGAUUAAGGAUCAUACAUAGAGAUCUAAAAGCAAGUAACAUUUUAUUAGACAAUGAUAUGAAUCCAAAAAUUUCAGAUUUUGGCUUAGCAAGAAUUUGUGGAGAUAAUCAAAUUGAAGGAAAUACAAAUAUAAUAGUCGGAACAUAUGGUUAUAUGGCACCAGAAUAUGCCAUUGAUGGGUUAUUCUCCAUAAAAUCUGAUGUGUUUAGCUUUGGCAUAUUAUUGCUUGAGAUUGUAAGCGGAAAGAAAAAUAGAGAUCUUUCAUACACAAGCAAUAGUUAUAAUCUCAUUGGACUUGCAUGGAGGUUGUGGAAACAAGGCAAUCCAAUGGAAUUAAUGGAUGAUUAUUUAGGAGAGUCAUAUAUUAUAUCUGAAGCUUUACGUUGCCUUCAAGUUGGUCUUUUAUGUCUGCAACAUCAUCCAGAUGAUAGACCUAACAUGGCAGCUGUAAUUGUUAUGCUAACCAAUGAAAUUGUUUUACCCCAACCAAAAGAGCCUGGCUUCUUAAUAGAAAGAGUCAUCCCUAAUGAGGUAGAAUCGUCUAGAACUUCAAUUAAUGAAGUGACUAUUUCAAUAUUAGAUGUCAGAUAA